AUGGAUGCUUUAGCAAUGGCGGGGGUGGAAUAUCAAGAAUGGGGACUUAGUAUUGAAGAAUGGGAGCUUCAAGAAUCUGUAGUUCCGCCCCAUUUGCUUGCUGAUGAUUCUGACGAAGAAGAAGAAGAUCAUCGAAACAACAAUGAUUCUGAAGUAGAAGAAAAAGAAGAUCAUCUUCGAGAUGAUGAUGAUGAUAUAGUUUUAGAUAGCUUAGAGGUUAAACAAGUUGUCCCUUGUGUCAUUAAAGCUUCGGUUGGGAAAUUGAUUGAGCAAUCUCUCUCAUAUAUACCUGCAUAUAUGAUUGUUCACCUCAAACAGCUUAAGUUCUUAACACUUCUUGUUGAGAACUUUUUGUUAGCCAUGUUCUUUAUUUUCUUUUGUGAUCGUUUUUAA